UUCAAAGUCGCACGCAUCAAAACACGCUCGCUCUCUCUUUCACCAAUUAGCUUAGUCUGGACGGCCUAUAGAGGCGGUACUCGCAAUCGAUUCGAUAGCAAUGACGUUUCGCCGGACACGUCGUCCAACGUCUGCAACAUCGGCUUUUUCUACGCAUGCGCGCCAUUUGUUUCUGGCUGUCGCAUCUCGAUUCUUGUAGUGAACGGUUGUUUGGUUAUUCGAUCACUUGCCAAUAAAUUAUUAAAAAUGUCAGGAAAGUCUAAGGCAUUUACAAAGGAAGAGGAGCUAUUGCUACAGGAUUUCUCUAGAAAUGUCUCGACGAAAUCCUCGGCGUUAUUCUACGGCAAUGCUUUUAUCGUUUCGGCGAUACCCAUCUGGUUGUUUUGGAGAAUACACUUAAUUGAUCUAUAUUCCAAUCUAAUCUCUUUUGUAUUAGUUACAUUAGCUAGUACAUACGCUCUUGCUUUGGCAUAUAAAAAUACAAAAUUCAUCCUCAAGCAUAAGAUUGCUGUAAAAAGAGAAGAUGCAGUAACAAAGGAAAUAAGCCGCAAACUUGCAGAAGAUAAGAAGAUGAGCAAGAAGGAAAAGGAUGAAAGAAUUCUGUGGAAGAAGAACGAAGUGGCAGAUUACGAAGCAACAACAUUUUCAAUUUUUUACAAUAAUGCCCUUUUCUUGGCAUUUGUUAUUGUAUCGUCAUUUUACAUUCUGAAAACGUUCACACCUGCAGUAAAUUACAUACUUUCUGUAGGAGUUACUAGUGCAGUCUUGGCAUUAUUAUCAACAGGAUCUCAGUAAUGUAUAUAUUACCUAAUUCAUAUAUCCUAAUUAACUGAUUUCAUAAGAAACUUCCAUCAAAUUAUUUUUGUUAAUAUGAACACAAUCAUAUAGAUAAUAUAUAGAUAAUAAAGAUUUUCAUUUAUGAUAGAAAA